GUUUGCGACCUUCCUGAUCCGGCAGACAUUGAUUGAUGAGCGGCACAUUUUUGAAUCCUUGGGAUUGCACCAUCGAAAGAGUUUCGUCGAAAGCAUUAGAGUUCAUUCCACAAAAAGGAUUACAAAGUUAAGCACUCAUCCGACUGGGGUUCAUUCGCAUUGUCAUGUGUGUGACCCUACAUAUAUGAUCCCAAGCGACGUUAGGCUUGCAGCUCUUGGCCGCGGUAACUGACUUGGCGACUUGGCACUCCUUGAAUGCCCCCCACGACAAUGGCUGUCCCGAACGAGGAGAACGACCCGAUAGGCCCCACGCCUGGAUCGGUUGACCAGGAAAAGGAGGCCCAUCAUCCAGCCAUUGAAAGGGUCAACGGUAGUAAUCCGGGCUCAGACGACCUGUCAAACAGGGAACAGCAAGCCAAGGCGGAAGAUGGCAUAGAGAAGCCCCCCUUCCUAUACACGAGCGCCACCUCCAGCGGGUCGGAGCAGGUGUUCGACGACGACGACCCCCGCGUGAGGGACAUCCCCGCCUACGUCAGGCGCAUCGUCAGCUUCGAGGACGACCCGACGCUGCCGACGCUGACCUUCCGCUACUUCAUCAUGACGCUCUUCUUCGUCGCCCCGGGAGCCUUCAUGGCGCAGAUGAGCCAGUACCGCACCACCUACGCGCCCUACUCGGUCUUCUUCGUCCAGAUCGCCUCGAGCUACGUCGGCGCCUGGCUCGCCCGCGUCCUCCCGCCGACCCAGGUCAGGAUCCCGCUCACCGGCUGGGGGUUCAACCUGAACCCGGGCCCGUUCAGCGUCAAGGAGCAUGUCCUGGUCACCAUCUCCGCCGCGUCGGGCGCCACUUACAACCUGGGCUUCGCCCCGAUAUCCAUGGCCGAGCUUUACUUCGAUUACAGGGUCAACCCGGCCGUCGCCAUAUUUUUCAUGUGGUCAAUCGUAUUCGUGGGUUACUCAUUUGCUGCGCUGGGUCGUCAAUUCCUGAUUUACGACCCCCAGUAUCCAUGGUUUCAAUCCGUCUGCCAAUCUGCGCUCUUCGAGACGCAGAAGAAGCAGCGCGAGCAGCCGUCACGGCUGUCCCGGAAGCAGAUGCGCGUCUUCUUCGGCGUCCUCCUCGGCGUCACGCUGUGGCAGUUCCUGCCCGAGUACGUCUGGCCGAUGCUUGGCUCGCUCGCCUUCCUCUGCUGGGUGGCGCCGCACAACCCCGUGGCCAACUUCCUCGGCGCUGGCUUCGGCGGCGCCUCCAUGCUGAACCUCUCGCUCGACUGGUCCGCCAUCGCUGCUAACACUAGCCUGUUCCUGACCCCGUGGUGGACGCAGGUGAUCAUGUUCAUCGCAUACGUCAUCGUCUGCUGGAUUCUCCUUCCCGCGGCCAAGUAUGGUCGCCUUGGAUCCUGGAAGCAUCACCUGAUGUCGAAUCGGCUCUUCUUGGAAAAUGGCACGGCCUACCCAAUCAAUGACCUGUUGACGCCCCAGGUCAGCCUCAACGAGACUGCCUACGAAGAGUUGGGCCCGCCGUUUGCCUCGGCACAAUUCCUGUGGUCUAUCUUCUUUGAUUACGCCUCUUACACGUCCGCAAUUGUUUGGAUGGCCCUCUUUGGCUACAAGCAGGCCAAGUCGAGCCUCUCGAAGCUGUGGGAGCGCCGCAAGUCGGGAUCGAGCGAGAUCAGCGAGCAGUUCACCGACCAGCUCAGCAUCCUGCAGCGGUCAUAUUCCGAGGUGCCGCUCUGGUGGUAUCUCACCUUGUUCAUGAUCUCCUUCGUCACCCUCCUUGCCAUCACGGCGUCCGGCUCCUUGUUCAUCCCCGCCUGGACCUUCAUCAUCGCCAUUGCCACGGGCGCCAUUAUUGUGGUGCCACUGGGAUGGCUAUACGCCUUGUCCAACUUCCAAUUGCCCAUUGGGACAACCAACGAGCUCCUCUAUGGGCUCAUGGCCAACUCAGUUAGUGGACACAAGAAUCCAUGCGGCGCCUCGACGUACGGAUCUAUCGCCGGCGACGCAUGGUACCGGGCCCAGCUACAGCUCCAGGACAUGAAGAUCGGCCACUACAUGCACGUGCCGCCGCGGGCGGUAUUCUUCGCCCAGGUCUUCGGAUCCUUCAUCGGCGUGCCCAUUAACUACGCGGUCGUCCGCUGGGUGCUGUCCACCAAGAGACACUACCUGACGGGUGAAAUAGUAGACCCGACUCACCAGUGGACCGGCCAGUCACUCGCAUCGAGCUUGUCGCUUGGUGUGCAGUACGUAUUGCUGGGCCCCAAACGCCUCUUCAAGAUCCCCACCUUCGCCCCUCUCCCGUACGGCUUCCUCGCUGGGGCCGGGGCCCCGGUGCUGAUGUUCGCUCUCGACCGGGCGUUCCCGCGGGCCAAGUUCCGCCUGUUCAACACGACGAUCCUGUUCAGCAGCAUGUCCAUCUUCUACGGCAACAUCAGCACGGGGUACACGUCGACGUUCCUGGGCGGGUUCGUCGUCAUGUACUGGGCGUACCGGUACCGGUACGGCCUGUGGUCGCGCUGGAACUACAUCCUCGCCGCCGCGUUCGAUGCCGGGUUCAACUUUAACAUGUUGCUCAUCUUCCUCUUCUUCGGCGCUGGGAAGAUUGUCACUAUGCCGAAUUGGUGGGGGAAUAAUGCAGAUAGUAGUGAGAGGUGUUUUGCCCUUGAUGAUAGCUGAAUGGGGGUGUAUUUUGGGGGUGAGGGCAGCGGGAAGAAAGAAAAAGAUGUAGCGACAAGGCUAUUUUCUACGGGUUUCUUGCCUAACACAGGAGCAGUAUCACUGGAUUCAUUCUCCAGGCGAAACCUCAGCCAAGGAUUUGGAUGGUCUUCCUAUUCGCCCACUUGUUUGCUUGUGUUGUGCACCCCCUAUUUCUAGGCCAGAGGCCAGACUUUUGUUACGCUUUAAACGCAUGGGAAUUUCUCCAGGGGCAUGCGCUAUUUGCUCCGCGGGCAGGCGGUUAGUGCAUCACAGGUGGCAGUUGCUUUUGCUGUUCCCUAUUGCUGUCGCUGUCGCUGUCUAUUGCUAUUGCCAUUGCUGUCUAUCGCUCUUGCUGU